UUGUAACAGCAUGAGAAAACCAUUCUCGAAACAGAGACCCUUUAUGCAAAGUUACAGCUUUUUAGGCCUGCAUUUGAUUAUUUCCUACGUAACUGUAAAUAAAAUAUCCGGUCAAGGCUACGUAUCGAAUUUUAAAUCAGUGAUGCAGUCUGUAACCUGUUGAAGCGCAACAUUGUUUUCAAUCAAUGACUACAAGAAUAAUCGCCAAAGAAAUGAAGAGGAGACUUCUGCUGGUGUCCAACUCAACCCUGCACGGGGGAGGGUAUCUGGAACAUUGUCAACAGCAGAUCAAAGACUUUUUCGGACAAGGUGUGAAGACGAUCCUAUUCGUCCCCUAUGCACUGUCUGAUAGAGAUGGCUACGCAAAGACUGCCAGGGACAAGUUCAAGAGUCUGGGUUAUGAGGUGGACAGCAUUCAUGAGACGUCUGACCCAGUGGAAGCAGUAAGGAACGCUCAGGGUAUAUUUAUAGGUGGUGGCAACACUUUCCGUCUGCUGAAAAGUCUCUACGACAACAAGGUGCUGUCUGAGAUCAACAAGAGGGUCCUGCAGGAUGGUGUGCCCUACAUGGGCUCCAGUGCUGGCACCAACGUCGCUACUGUCAGCAUCAACACCACCAACGACAUGCCCAUCGUGUACCCGCCCUCCUUCACUGCCAUUGGUCUAGUGCCUUUCAACAUCAACCCUCACUUCCUGGAUACGGACCCUAACAGCAGACACAUGGGGGAGACACGAGAGCAGAGGAUCAUUCAGUACCACGAGGAGCCUGACACGCCAUCUGUUCUGGGCUUGAGAGAGGGCUCCAUGUUGCUAGUCGAAGGGAACAAGGCUACGCUACUUGGCACCUGCAAGGCACGGCUGUUCAUCAGGGGGAAGCCAACAACAGAAUUUGAAUCUGGCAGUGACCUCAGUUUCUUGCUGACAGACUGACAGUGACAGACAGGAAAAGAGGACGUUGUACAUCUCCGUUCUCCUUCUCCCAGCAAGACCGAUCCAGAUCCUGUCAAGUGGAAAUGCACUUACCGGUAUAUGAUAUAUAUCGAAAUAAAUAUUUUACCAAAAAAUGAA